ACUCCAAUAACUAACAACAACAACAACAACGGCAGCACAGCAACAAAAUGGAUUACAGCCAAUUAGACGCGGACAUUAACGGCAACAUCAAUACGGGCAAUAUCAAUACAAAAGACUUUCUCGCCAUAUUCUCAUCAACAAGUCCCACCGAUGUGACUGCCACCUCCGCCACGGCGACGGGCGGUUGGCCAGGAGGUGGUGGAGGUGGCGGUGGCAGUGUUGGUCGUUUGCCGCCUCUCUCUACCCUGCCCAACAUCACUAAAGUUGCUGGUUCCAUUCACGUCGCCAACGGUAACAGCAGUGCGGCGCCACCAUCGGCCAUCAGCAACACGACACUCCUCAACCCGCCACUACUAACUGUUGAUGCAAGCAGUGACCUCGGCGGCGGCGACGGCGGUGGUGGUCAAGACGGGCUCACCAAUCUGUUCGAGAGCUCUUUGCAGGGCGCCAUCACCACACUCAGUCCGAGUAGUUAUGCCAACGAUAGUUCUUACUACUUUGUGAAUAGCAACUUUUUCAAUAACAGCACCUUGUUGGGUUUUAGCGGCGGCAAUUAUACUAAUCAAACGUUGUUGGUGUCAUCGGCAGCUGCGACGAACAUCUUCGCUAAUCUAACAGAAGUGCAGUGGAACGGCACCUAUCCGAGCGGCUACACAUUGCCGCAGAUUGUUGUCGCUUCGGUGAUUGUGACGAUAUUGAUGAUAAUCAUUGUGGUGGGCAAUAUGCUGGUCAUCAUUGCCAUUGCGACGGAGAAGUCAUUGAAGAACAUACAAAAUUGGUUCAUUGCCUCGCUGGCGGUGGCGGACUUCUUUCUCGGUCUCAUCAUAAUGCCCUUCUCGCUGGCGAACGAGCUGAUGGGCUACUGGGUGUUCGGCAGUUGGUGGUGUGACAUUCACUCCGCAAUGGAUGUGCUGCUGUGCACGGCGUCCAUAAUGAAUUUGUGUCUGAUCUCGUUGGAUCGCUAUUGGAGCAUCACGAAGGCGGUGCAGUAUCUCAAGUCGCGUACGCCGGGACGUGCCGCAUUCAUGAUUGCUGCCGUGUGGGUGAUGUCAGCGGGGAUUUGCAUACCACCGUUGCUGGGUUGGAAGGUGAAAAUGCCGGAGGGACCGUUGCCGAAAUGUGCGCUCGUUACGUUCGAUACGGGGCAAUUUGUUUUACAUUUGGUAACACUAUUUUGCACUGGAAAACCCAACCGAUCUGCGGGCAGUGGCCGCGCAGAAAUUCAAGAGGAAAUAGAAAUUGUAUAA